AACAUACCCGCAUACAUGAACCGAGGUGGAAGGCAGAGUAUUACUGGCGACGACGGUGGAGGUGGAGAGCUAGGCGACGACGGUGGAGGUGGCGAGCUGGGCGACGGCGAUGGAGGAGAGGAGCUCCGCGACGGCGAUAGAGGCGCGAAUGGCGGCGAUAGGCUUCGGCGGCGACGUCUUGACUCAGCGGCGGCGCAGGAAACGAUGGUGCUGGUUGCGGCAGAGCGCGGCGGCUCUUCUCUUCCUCGCGUAUGUCGCUCUCUCGCACCACCAGAUCCAGUCUCUCUUCUCAACUCGGUUCGGCGGCACGAUGGCGGCGGUCGGGGCAAGACAGCGCCACGAAGCAACUCGACGAAACGGCGACGACAUGGGAUGAACAGCGGUAAGCGCGACAGCUCGGUCUCCUUCUUCUCCCCUGCGGCGCAACUCACUUCUCCCUCAGACCUCUCUUCCUCUCCUUUUCCGUUUCCCCAUUUUCUUUCCUUCUCUGCUUUUGUUUCCCUUGCAAUUAGGUUUAGGUUUGGGGAAGGGGUGGGUGGCGGUGGCCGGUGGGGUAGAGAGUUAGGAUUAGGGUAG